AUGGAGAAGGAGAAUACCAAAGAAGACCUCAAAAAGGAUGGGUUGACAGCCGUAUCUGAAAAUCAAGCGUACGCAAAAAAUAAACCAAUAGUAAACAAUAGCACUACUGCACCAACUAGUGGUAGCAGUGGGACAGUACCACCACCAACGCUAUCGAAGCCUAUUAUAUCGUCUAACUCUACUCCCAUAACAUCCGGGAUCUCAACACCAACUAGCGAAGGGGUAUUUAAGAUCCCGAAGAAGAUCGUCUUAACCUCCACUGCAAACGGUAGCAAUGCGAUACUCAACCCAAAUAACUCAGGUAGCUUGAAGUUAAAUAAAAAUGCUAUUGGAAACUUAAAUCAGUCGUUGAUGGCUAAGCAGAAGAUUAUAAAUAAAAAUGAGCCGUUGCCCAAAAGCCAUUCGAGCAUCUUAGAUAGCAUUGCCACUUCACCUAGGACGACCUCAUUCCCACUGUCAGUGAGUGGAACGCCAGCUGAGGAGAUUAGAAAUCCCAUAUCUUCGAGUUCACCUACAUCAUUGGCAUCUGGAGCGGCACAUCCUCCAAUCACUUCUGUUGAAGGUGCAGUGGCAUCUGGAUCUUCGACCAAUACCCCUGUUCCGACUCCUAGCACAAUACAAAGUACAAGCGAAGAAAUAUCUGAAGCAUCUACGCCACGGCCGUCUAAGAGCGAGAAGACUAAAAAGCUGAAUAAUCAAGUUUCCACUCGAACUGAUUUCUUUGCUGCCAAGUUAGCAAGCGCAGUUGAUGAUGUAGACAGCAGUGACAGUGAUGAAACGUUUGUUUAUGAAAAUAAUGCUCCAGGAUACGAUACCCAGAGUAUCUCCAACCACAGUAAUCAUGAAGGAGGCAGUAAUAACAAUAAUAACACUAAUAGUAAUAUCAGUACUGCUGCAGUUGGAUCUCCUAAUCUUGAAAAUAAGUCCAACAAUGGCAGUAUGAUGAAUGCACCGGGCGUUGUGGCUCCUGCCGGGAUGUCCCUUAGUAGCCCACCGAUUUUGGAUCAGAGCUACGAAGAUACCCACAAUAAUACGAUUAAUAGCAUAAGUACAAUUCAAACAGAAUUGCCACCUACAGACUCGACAACCACAACUUCCGCUAAUAAUAAUAAGAAUAGUACUAAUGCCAACCAUACUAAUACCAGCCAUGAUGAUGCGCUCAACAAUUCACAAACAACAACCAGUCAAAUCACAGAUAAAGUUGAGAUCGCAGAGGCUCCUGAAAGUGACAUACAUGAUGUAAAUGCCUCAAAUGCUCCUAAUAGUGAUAAAAAACCCCACAACAAUAGCACUAAUUCAAGUGCCAAUCCACAACCUAAUCCUACACCUACUGCCAAUAAUAAAGAUGCGGAACAUUUGCACCAACCAUUUUCAGGUUAUAUGGACAUCAACAGCAGUAAUACGUCAACUCCUUUGAUGGCCGGUAAAACUGAUUCCAUUCAGUCUUUACGUUCAAUUAAGUUCCCCAAGGCCAAUUCCAACCAGAAUUCGAAAGCACCUGUAAAUAACAAUGAACCCAAUGUAAACACCAUCACUCUGAAUAAGGAAGUGACUACCAUUAGCGGUAAGGAAAGGCCGCAGACCCAAAGAUCAAAUUCCAUGUAUUCUAUGUCACACCCAUCUUUGAAAGGCGUUACCACUGCCACAAUUACGACCAAUUACAAUGGCACCAAAAAUAACAGUGGCCAUGUAGAUGAAGAUGUACAUGGGAUUCAAGUGUCCCCCAAUGGAAGCACGAUUCUAGGAACUGUGAAUUCCAACAGCUUUAAUGAUGGCCAAGGUGGAAGCGGCACUGGCAUUGGUUUAUUUGAUGGGAGAUCAAGCUAUCAACCAUCAAGGGCUGGUACGAGCAUUAAUGAGACAUAUACUAACGAAGAUCGAUAUUCUUCCGAUGAUAUGGACGAAGAUGCGGAGGUAAUCGAGGAUGGUGGAUCUAACAGCGGGGAAUUCUAUGCGAAUGAAGCGGAUUCAACUUUAAAUGGAAAUAUGGAUGUUGGUCUUGGACCAGGCACUGGAAUAUCAUUAGCAACCAUGUCCCAAAGGCCACCACUUGUAUCUCCCAAUGGUGGAAUUGAAGGAAAUGAUAGCCCUUUAUUUGAGCAAAUCACUCAUAACAAUGUAUCGAAUUCAAAUUUUGGAGGUAUAAGUCAAGGUGGUACGAAUUCUGUAGUUAGCAAAUUGGGUGGUGAAGUUGGCGGGAAAAGAAAUAAAUCUUCAACCACAUCUUCAAGACUUAGAUCAACAACUUCAAAGUUGUUUGAUAAGAAAGGGUCACAGCCAAGAAGGUAUAGUAUUAUCCCUGAUGAUAUUGAUAUUGAAGACUUUGAUGAUGAAUUAAUAUACUAUGAUAAUAACAUCAGAUUCCCAUACAGCAAUAACAGUAUUAAUGGCAAUAGCGCCAUUAAUAACAACAAUCAAUUUAACGAAAAUUCUUCAUUAUUAGAUGGAGGAGUAGGAGGAAUCCCUGGAAGAAUUCCUCAUUACAGGUCACUAAACUUGAACCCUGCUAACAAUGGAGGAAAGAAGGUUUCCAAUUAUAAGAAUAAGCGUUAUCUCUCUAGCGGCCAACAAUUUUUGAGCAAUAAUAAUAGUGGAUCUAACACACCACCUAACGAGUUACCCAAUGCUAAUGCUGUAAAUAAGGACAUGUUUCCAUUCCCAUAUGGUGAAGCAAAUCAGCCUUACUAUUAUGACUUUGACGAAUACGAUGAGGCUGGUUCCCACUCAGAUAGUGUGGACAAUAACAAUUUCAAUAAGUUUGGUCGGAAAGGUUCGAGAAAUUUUUCAGGUUAUUCUGGAAAUGGUGGACAUCCUCAAUUAUCAGCGUCAAAUGGCCAUUUCUUCCUUCCAAGAAAGAGAUCAUCUAAUUUUAAAAAUCAAAGAGGAAGUUGUGUAAGGAGCUUUCUUUAUACGUUGAUUAGUAUUCUUGCUAUACUAUCAGUUGGAUUUAUCUUGGGCUUCAUCUUAGCAACUACUAAGGAACUUACUCAUGUUUCUGUUUUAUCGAUCGAUAAUACUUUGGUUAGUCAAGAUGAAUUGGUUUUCAAUAUUGUGAUUGAAGCCUUUAAUCCAGGUUGGUUCAGCGUUGAAAUCCAAGAGGUUGAACUUGAUAUAUUUGCUAAAAGUGGGUACUUACCUGAUCCAGAUGAUGGUGACAAUCCUGGUGACGGAGAUGGAGAAGAAAGUGAUGUCGAUGCAACAAAUUCCGUUAAUACCUUAGCAAAUAUUGGAGAUAAUCCAGAACUUGGAAUUAGAUCUGUUGAGACUGUAUUGCUAGGUUCCAUCUUUAAUUUAGAAACGCCUAUGUACUUUAGAGGUGGUUUUGUGAAUAGAUCGCCGAUCAAACAAGUUGCUGAAGUGAAAUUAGUUAAACCAGGAAGCAAUUUAUCAACAUUAUUUGAAAACGACAGCAACAAAACGGAACCUGAACUACCAGAUAAUUCUAAAAAAUGGGAAAUCAUAUCCAAAAAUCCAUUUGAUAUAAUUGUUAGAGGAUUAUUGAAGUACAAGUUGCCUUUAACAAAAAACUUGAGAUCUGUUGUUGUUAAGAAAACUUCGUAUGUGGAUCCAAAUGAUUCAUGA